CAGGAAAAUCAUCAAAGAAUUUGAUGGUCAUUCCAGAUGCCAGCACUGUGCCCAGUUAGAAGAUGAUUUCUCUCCAACUUGGGUUGAACCUCACUGUAACGGUGUGAUUCCAGAUUGCACCUUGAUGAUUCAAGUGAUCUCAUCUGCAGUGUUGUCCUAAACCCAUUGACGAUUUUGUACAUCUUUUUACAGGUUAAAAAUGACAAGGAAUUUGUCUACGGAAAUCUCGAACACAACACACCAGUUUUUCUGUCUCUGUCCAGAUAUUUAAGAAGUGGAGCAAGGGAUUCACUCGAUCAUCCUUCCUGCUCAGACUGUGGGGAGGGAUUCACUCGAUCAUCUGACCGACUGGCACACCCGUCAUUUUACACAGGAGAGAUCCCAUUCAUCUGCUCAGACAGUGGGAAUGGAUUCAGUCGGUCAUCUCAACUGAAGGUACAUCAGCAAGUUCACACUGGGACAAGGCCAUUUACCUGUUCUGUGUGUGAGAAGGAAUUCAGUCAGUCUUCCCACCUGUGGACACACCAGUCAGUUCACACUGGGCAGAGGCUGGUCAUCUGCUGAAUUUGUGGGGAAGGAUUCACUCGGUCAUCUGACCUAAUGGCUCACCAGCGAGUCCACACCGGGGAGCGGCCAUUCACCUGCUCAGACUGUGGGAAAAGAUACACUUGGUUAUCUGAACUGAAGGUACAUCAGAGAGCUCACACUGGAGAGAGGCCGUUCACCUGCUCAGACUGCGGGAAGGGAUUCACUCAGUCAUCUAAAUUGAAGGAACCCCUCUGUUUCUGGGAAGAGGUCUCCAACUCUCAGUCAGGUGCUCGAUGCUUCCUUGUCACCAUCUCGUCUGCUCAGAUCGUUGGGAUGUCUCCCAUGGAGGGUCAUACUCAUUCCACUGGUUAAUGUUUUCUUCCAUAGUGGUGAUUCAUUUUUCUGAGUUCGUCUCUCAUUGAAGUUUUGUCAUCUGUAUUUCUUAUCACGAUUUCAUAUACACACCUGGAGUGCUGAAUCCUGUUCAUUUUUGAUGAAAAUAUAUACUUAGAAGUUUUAUUUGACUGUUGUGUGAUUUUUUUUUCAUGUGUGUUACUUCUCUCCUCCCUUCUGUCCAAGGUAGUGUUAAUCUAAGUGGGUUUGAAUAUAAAUAGUCUUUUCUAAAGUUCUUAUUUAUCUUUGUAAAUUUUAAUGAUUGAAAUGGGACCAAGAUAUUUUCAUUAAAAAAGUCAAUGUCAGUAUUGAUGAAAGUGUUUAUUGCCUUUGUUGUAUUUGUUAACUAUUGAGCUCUGUUUGGCAGGUUUUUUGUUCAGAUCUAUAAAGAGUAAAAGAGAGGGAAGAGUUGAUAUUGUACCACUGGAAGAUGAUGCUGGAGAGUCAGUAAUAAAGCAAAGAAAUAGCGGCCGAGCAUAAUGAGUAUUUUGUGUCAGUCUUCACUGUGUAAA